AUGGGGAUAGGUGCACCAGCCUCUUCAGCGAAUGUGGGGGAGACGGUAUCUCUGUUGAGCGAGGCGGCACCGGUAGCAGCAGUGGAUGGAGAUGCAUCGACAUCUCCAGCAAGUGCAGCACCUGCAAGUAACAAGCAAAGUUCCGCGGAGACAGCGCCAGUGCCCACAACAGCGGCGGGUCCAUCUACGGCAGUGGAAUACGACCCUGCUCCAAUUCAGCCUCCAAUUCAACCUGAAAGUGACUUCGAUGAAUCAGACUCCGCGUAUGGCGAACCAGAUCACUUGAGCGAUACAACAUCUAUCCCGUCUACUAUCUGGAGACACCGCUAUGAGAAUGGUCGACGCUACCACAAGUUCCGAGAGGGCGAGUACUGGGGUCCAAACGAUGAGGUUCAGAAUGAUCAACUUGACAUUGCCCACCACAUGUUCUUAAUACUACUUGACAACAAGCUACAUCUUGCACCCAUCGAGAACCCCCAAAGAAUUCUCGACCUUGGAUGCGGCACCGGAAUCUGGUGCAUAGACAUGGCCGACGAACACCCCGGCGCCGAAACCAUCGGCGUAGACCUCUCCCCCAUCCAACCCUCCUUCACCCCACCCAACUGCAAAUUCGAGAUUGACGAUGUAACAUCCUCCUGGACCUUCCCGUACGCCUUCGAUCUCAUCAACAUCCGCGCUUUGUACGGGUCCAUCGCCGACUGGCCCGCGCUGUAUCAGCAAGUCUUCGACAAUCUGCAGCCCGGCGGCUACCUGCAUGAGGUUGAAAUGAGCAUCCAAUUUAAGAGCGACGAUGGCACGCUGACUCCAGAUCAUAUUCUGAGCCAGUGGAGUGAUGUUUUUCAUGAAGCGUCGAAUCGCUUUGGGAAAAGCUUUUAUGAAGUGUGGAAUUUGUCUACCUACGCGAAGAAUGUAGGUUUCGUCGAUGUGGUCGAGAACGUGUACAAAGUGCCCGUGAACGGGUGGCCGGCCGAUCCUCGCAUGAAAGAGAUCGGGCGCUGGAACUUCCUGCAUUGCACGCAGGGCGCCGAGGGAUGGGGGUUGUUCCUGCUGACCAAGGUUAUGGGGUGGAGUGUUGAGGAGGCGCAGGUGUUUAUUGCAAAGUUCAGGAACGGACUGAAGGAACGAAAAGUGCAUGCGUAUUUCGAGGUUGUGCAGUUCAGUGCACGGAAACCAAUGUACUAGAUGAACCGGAGAUGCACGCUCAUCAAGCAAACAUUGGAGGCGGGCUGAGGUGGAUGACGUAAAGAGGCGAUUGAAGUGUAGACGUUGCAUUAUCCAAAAGCAAG